ACUGGGCUCCUCCGCUGCGGACUGAGUUCAGAUAAGGCUUACCGAGCUGACCUUGCUGCUGAGUGUCGACCACAAACAAUACAACGUCCAGGGAAAACAUGACAACCUCAGGUCUACCUGCUAUGCCACAGCUGUCCAGCUCUGGCUUAAGAAUAUCAAAAGAACACUUGGUGGUUGCUGUACCUGUGGCAGUGGUUGCAGCAGUUGGAGGUUUCUUAGUCAGCCAUUACCUGAACAGACGGAGCUGUAAGAACAGCCAGGUGAACACGUCCAUCAGCAAAGACAGUCCCAAAGUGGUCCACAGCUUUGACAUGGAGGACAUCGGCACUAAGGCUGUGUACUGCCGCUGCUGGAAGUCAAAGAAGUUCCCUUACUGUGACGGUGCCCACACCAAACACAACGAAGAAACUGGGGAUAACGUCGGACCACUCAUCAUUAAAAAGAGGGAUGCAUGAGUCAGACUGUCUGAGAGCUCCGCCUCCUCCGCCAGCCCCCAGUUUGUCAUUUGUCAUCAUUACAGUAUCACACUUAGGGGUAGGGUACAUUAUAACAGUGGAAGCAAAUGGAAAAUACCUUUCGUUACCCUGAAUAGAAACAUAGGCGGCACUAAAAAUGUUAUGAAUUUCCAUUCCUUAUGCAUCUCCUACCCUGACUGACCAGACGUUAAAAUCAAAGGUUCUUAAUGUUGAGAUAAGGAGGGGACUUUGACAAUCAGCACGGUCCUAUGUCACGGUUGCAUUUUGACCCACUUUGCACCGAGUUUUUCUUUCUCCUCCCAAUGUGAUAGUAAGUGAAACCUUGCAGGGUGCUUCUGUACCUUCAUGUCUGCUGUCACGUGUGCCCCCUCCUCUUUGUAGGUAUGGAGCAGGUGGUUGAAAUGUGAUGAGGCUGGCAGCUCUUUGCUUCAGCCUGUUCACUUCUCUUUUUUUUUCUUGUUUUCAUCUGAACACAGCACAGGCCUUAUUAACAAAUCAACAGCCCCUUACCCACAGUGUGAACACACAAUAAACAUAUGAAUGUUACAUGUUUUGAUUUUUUUGCACUAAGAACAAUUUAGGCAGAAAGUUGGUUAUUUUUGUCUUAAAUGAAAUAAUAACAAUAAAAUCCAAUCUGUUACCAUCUGCUUUCUGAGGAAACAUGCUGUAUUAAAUCUGUAAAGUGUUCAGGAGGUGAAGCUGCUUAUUAUAAGAUAUCUUGCUUUUUCAUCAGAUUAUUUUCUACUGAUUGCGGUAUGUUUGACUUGAUGAUUCAUUGUUGUGUAUAUUGUGAAUAAACCUUGUUGAGUGAUCUGA